GCGGCUGCCCCACGCGAUAUGACUGGAGCACCCGUCCCCACCGCCAGUUGACCCCCUCUGCUCCGGCGACCCCGAUCCCCCGCCCUCCUCCCCCGGGCGGCGAAAUGCCGUCGUGUUGCCCUGCCGAAUCUACCAAGCCGGCCUUCAUCGGGAUCUUCGGCGCCAUCGUCGGCGGAUUCGCCGUCUCUGCCGUUUUCUUCCUCCUUUCUUUCUCCUCUAUCACCGCCCCCGCGCUCCCCUUCCCGGUCGUCGUCACCACCACCACCAACCUCUCUGCUCUCUCCACCACCGCCCAGCCGGAGACCAUGUACAACCGCCCUAUCUGGAAACCCCCGGCUCGGGGGUCGCGGAUGCCUUCGCCGCGCGCGUUCCGCCUCACCCGCGACAUGGUGCGCGCCCGCGCCCGCGAUGGGGUCAUCGUCGUCACCUUUGGCAACUACGCCUUCAUGGACUUUAUCCUCACCUGGGUGCGCCACCUCACAGGCCUCGGGGUAGACAAUCUCCUUGUCGGCGCCAUGGACACCAAGUUACUCCGGCAACUCUACCUCACGGGCGUGCCCGUCUUCGACAUGGGCAGCAGGAUGGUCACGGAGGAUGUUGGCUGGGGGUCCCCCACCUUCCACAAGAUGGGCAGGGAGAAGGUGCUGCUCAUCAACGAGCUCCUGCCCUUCGGGUACGAACUGCUCAUGUGCGACACGGACAUGGUGUGGCUCAAGAACCCGUUGCCAUAUCUCGCCCGCUACCCCAGUGCGGAUCUCCUCACCUCCAGCGACCAGGUCAUACCCACAGUCACCGACGACAGCCUGGAGAACUGGAGGGAAGUAACUGGGGCAUAUAAUAUUGGUAUUUUCCAUUGGCGACCCACUGAACCUGCUAAAAGGCUGGCAAAAGAUUGGAAAGACCUUGUCAUAUCUGAUGAUAAGAUAUGGGACCAGAAUGCUUUUAAUGAUCUCGUACACAAAGUUUUUGGACAACCUGUUCAAGGAGAAGAUGAACUUGUCUACUCAUAUGAUGGAAAAUUGAAGCUUGGAGUCCUACCAGCAAGUAUAUUCUGCAGCGGCCAUACCUACUUUGUGCAGGGCAUGCAUCAGCAGCUUCGGCUAGAACCAUAUGCCGUGCACACUACUUUCCAGUAUGCAGGUACUGAAGGAAAGCGCCACAGAUUACGGGAGGCAAUGCAUUUCUUUGAUCAACCAUCUUAUUAUGACUCACCAGGAGGUUUCCUAUCAUUUAGGCCUAAUAUUCCCAAACGAAUGCUGUUAGAUGGUGCCCAUACCAUUGAAUCUCAUUUUGCGUUGGUCAAUUACCAGAUGAAGCAAAUAAGAACGGCAUUGGCUAUGGCUUCCUUGUUAAAGCGGACCCUGGUAAUGCCUCCAUUAUGGUGCAGGCUUGAUAGGAUGUGGUUUGGGCAUCCUGGAGUUAUGGAAGGCACAAUGACUAGACAACCUUUUCUCUGUCCAAUGGAUCAUGUAUUUGAGGUACAUGUUAUGCUGAAGGACUUGCCUGAGGAGGAAUUUGGGCCACGUAUUGAUUUCAGAGAAUAUACAUUUCUUGAGAAUCCAUCAUUGCCUAAACAGGUGAAAGAGUCGUUUCUUGAGGUGCGGCUCUGCAAUGAGCAUAGCACCAGAUGCUCCACAGCCAAUGGAUCCAAUAAACACAGAGCCCUUCUAUUGCCAAGGAAUAGCACCGAACAAAUGCUUUUGGAUGUCUUUUCAUCGUAUAAGAAUAUCAAGAUCAUACAUUUCUCGUCUAUGGUUGAUGCCUUCAGAGGUUUUGCUGAUGCGGCUGUGGAGACGCAGUUUCGGAAUCGUGUGAAGAGGUAUACAGGCAUAUGGUGUUGUGUCGAGUUCCGUGAAAUUGGGCACAUAUACUAUGACAUGUACUGGGAUGAUAAACCAGGUUGGAAGCCACACCCCCCACAGAAUAGGGAAGAGGACCAUCCACCUUGGGCCUGAAUUUUGAGGUCGGACAAUAGAUCAACCAUGAAAAGGGAUGACAUGAAGGCAAGAUAGGUCACAUAUUACUGCAGGUUCAUUUUUAACUCCAGAGCAGGCUGCUCCUAUCCGUUGGAAAAAAAUUGCUUAUUCGAAAACAUUUGACUUCCAGUUUUGUAGGCCUGUUCUGUAGAUUAAUUCACUUCUGUUCAGUCUGCCCCUUGACCUGUACUUAUCACAUAUGUCCAGAAAAGUUUUGAUAUAACGUGAGAUAACAUUUAAGGUAAUGAUUUGACUAAAAAAACAUGGCAUCAUGUUCAUAGCCCCCUCAGGCUCUUUAUACUGAAGAUAACUACAGUUGGCUGUGUUUCCCC